AUACGUAAGAAACGAAAACAUGACAUUUCAUUUCACAUCUCUGCUAACUUGAGAAGUAAACAAAACACCAGAAAAAUAUUUAUUGUUAUUCUAUUUAAAAUAUUUGUUUGCAAGUUUAAAUGUUAGUUAAAUUCAUAAUUGUGUAAAGAAGAAAUCAUAUUUUCUGUGGCAUAUCAAUUGAAUCCAGUUUUAACAAUUUUGUGAGCGUAAUUUUUCUGAUUAAUCACAAUGGUUUGCGAUAAGUGUGAAAAGAAAUUAGGCAAAGUAAUCACACCAGAUCCAUGGAAAGCAGGAGCUCGCAAUACCACUGAAAACGGUGGACGUAAAAUUGGUGAAAACAAAGCACUUACCUCAAAAAAAGGACGUUUCAAUCCUUAUACAUCGAAAUUCGAAAUCUGCAGGAUAUGCCGACAGAAGGUUCAUCAAAUUGGUUCUCAUUAUUGUCAAUCUUGUGCAUAUAAAAAAGGAAUCUGUGCAAUGUGUGGCAAAAAGUUAAUUGACACUAAAUGUUAUAGACAGUCUUCAACGUAAAAGUGAUGAUGAAAAGUUAUAUUUUAAAAUGAAUUUUAAGGUGAGGACAUAAAAAAAAACAAUGCACGAAGAAUAAACCAAUCAAUUCUUGAAUUGUCUUUUCAUCACACUGAAAAUUUUUGUCAAGAGAAACAUGAGAUGUAUUCUAUAAAAAAUUUCCAUUAUUUAUCAUCAAAUGUGAACUAAAACAUGCAUAAUUUCAUGAAAGUCUAUUAGCAAUUAUUGUGUAACUAUAUAAAGAAACUCCUGGGCAAAAAAGAUAUUGUUGGAUGAGCUAUAAUACAAAUAAAAACAUCAAGAGCAUUAUUAACAGUGGCAAACAAGAAAAGGAUGUUAGUGGAUGAGAAAUAAUGUUCAUUAAUAAGGAAAAAAAAAAAGAAAAAAAAAUGUUGAAUACUCGAAAUAGCGUCUCACCGAUCAGUAGUGCGGAUAAGAAACUCGUGCGCUGUUUUAAACGCAACCGGUGCGGUGCAUCAAGGUCGACUACAUAUGUAUAUAUACAUUUACAGAGGAAGUGAUUCUCAUGUAGGUUCAUUUUAUAAUAACAUCAACACUUUAUGAUAUGUUUACUCCAAAAAAGGAUAUUAAUUAUUUCAAAUAUCUUUUGAAAAAAAUUAAUCAAACGAGACGCAGGAAUAAGCUUUAAAAUUAAUUUCCUCAAACUAUUCAUAUCCAUCGAGAAUAAUUUUUUUUCUUCUUUUUAUUAGAUAGAAAUUUCAAUGAUAAAUUUGAAAGGUAUUUUGAAAUCAGACAUGUGUGGAAAAUUUAAAGUUUAUUGGGAGAUAGAAAAAUGCCAUUAAAGAUUAAUAAUGUGGUGGGGUGUUGAAAUUAAGAUAGUGGGAUUAAGAGGGAGAAUGACAACAGCGGUGAUUAUGCAAAAAUGUGAGGUGUGGCAUCUGUAAAAAUGAACCUUAAGUGAAGUCUAUUCAUGCGGAGGUUGUGCAUAUGAGGUUACUUGCAAACUAAGACGACGAUACUUUUCCUUCCUUAUAAUAACGAUCCUUCUUUUUUUUUUUCCUAACGAAUCAUCUUGCAGUUAAUUAGCCAAAGGCGUAGUCAAAGAUUUCCAAACAACUUAUGCUUUCAAGGUUGUAGAUCAAUGAAAAGUAAUUGGUUCAAGCAAUUAUCUUGUUAGUUAAAUAUAUGGUAUACUAUAAUGUAUUAGGUGGCUGGUUCUCUAUUUUAAUUUUUUAAUCCUUCUAAAUUUGAAUUAGUUGAAAUUUUAGAAUUUGAGGUAAAUUCUUACUUUUUAUUAAUUAAAAAUGAAAAAAAAGAAUUAUAAUUAAUAUAAAUUUGAUAAAUAAACGAUAAAAAGUU